AAAGAAAGGGAAAACGAGAAACGAAAGCUACCAAGUCAAGUUUUUCGUACCCAAUUGUAACUAUCUACCCACCCUAGCCUACCUAGAACCUCGACCCAAAGUUGGCGCCAAUCAAUAUUCAUCACGAGGGUUCUGGGCAUUCGCCAGUGAAUCAGCGCUUGUCUAAACCCCACAAGUUGCUAUUCCCACCAAGCUGUAUUGUAACCACUCUCGCGACACCAUUGGCGACAUCAACAUUAUCAAGAUGUCAUAUAUGUCGCGCAACAACUCUGCCACCUCCCUCAUGGGCUUCUCGGUCCACCAGCCUACUAUUGGUGCGCCCUUGCAGUUCUUCCCUGCUAUGGGUUCCAAGCAGCUGGACGAGAUGAUUGAUGCCUACGUCACUGGCGCCGCUUCUAUCAGCGAAAAGCGUGCGGCCGUCUCCAUGGAGUUCUUCGAGCACUCCAUGGUUACUGGGGAACUAUUCAAAUUCUUCAUGGUUUACCCUUCCCUCGGUUCAACCACAGAGUCACCUACUGGAUCGAUGUUAGAUUCCGGCUAUGCUUCCAAUUUCACAUCUCCCGUUAUGUCCGAGAGGCAAUGGACUCAAACUAGCCACGCUCCCUCUUCUAGUGAAUCCAAGCCCCGGAAGCCAUCCAACGGCAAAUCUGCGAUAUCCACUGACUUCUCUCACCUCCCUGGUAUGAAAAUAAUGACCAGGGAUGGAAAGGAUGUCACCAACUCUGCGUCCCGUGGCUGCAAGACAAAGGAGCAACGUGAUCACGCCCAUCUAAUGCGAAUCAUCAAGGCUUGCGAUGCUUGCCGGAAGAAGAAAGUCCGUUGUGAUCCAAGCCACAAAAGGUCUUCGGGUUCUUCUACAGCCAAGGCUUCCAGAAAGACCAAGAAGGCGACUGCUUCAUCGGCAGCACCAUCCGCCCCACCACCCCAAUUAGUACUGGAGCCUUUGGAACAACCCCUCGAUAUGUCAUCUUUCGACCUUAUAAAUAUGGGCACAGCGUCGUUUGACUCGAUCAUGCCAGAAUCAUUAGUCGACCCAUCGACCAUGGAUUGGGACCAGUUUGUCCAAUACGACGAAGAGCCAACCGAAACCAUCCCAUACGACUACGAUUUCUUUCUGGACCCUGCGGGCCACUUCUCACCUUCAUCAUCCAACUCCUUCUCAUCUUCACAACCGAUUACACCGGCUCAGACACUUAGUGCCCAAAAUACAGCGGUUAGCACCGUGGAGGGUGAUACUCAAUCACUACUUCCACCUUACCUAAACCCUGGAGGCGAGGCUGGCAACGAUUAUGCCGACUUCAACCUCUACUCACCGGGCUCAUCAACAUAUCUAGACGAUGAUCCAAGCCUAACCAAGGAAGUCGCAGCGGUUCCCGGUCCUCAAUAUUCCGACUGCACCAACUACCAACGAUCACUAGAUAGCCACAGGCGGGAUAGUACAGGCCACGACCCAGGCUUCGUUACCCAGCUAUCUGUAUCCGUGGAUGCAGAUUACCAGACACGUUCCCUCCAACAGCAACGAGCACCUUCGCCAGGCGAACCGAACACGCCGUCAUACCGCGAGAUAGUGGACACCAAACCAACCUCAUCCACUGAUGCGCUAUAUGGCGGUAACAGACAAAUUGACCAAGUGCCUAAGUGGCAUGUUCCAGAUCGUCCAGGCGAACUAACCCCAUUGCCGCCAACAAGCGCGUCGUUGUCUCUUGACGAAAGCCUAUCGCCGACCCAACUAGAUGUCGCAUCACCUGGACAGUCCGAAUCACGAUUCGCAUCAUCGUCGCCUUCCACCGGCCUAAGACCAAUUAGGUUGAGUACAACGACUAAGCAAGACCAACAAAAUCCGGCUCCUGUGUCGACAACUAGCAAUGUCAAUUUGAGUACUGUGUCUAUUGACCUAGUACUACGGGAGAAUGUAGAAAUCUCGUCGAUUGGCUCAUCAUCGAACGAACGACAUUCACCUACCCAAAGCCAGAGCGUAAGUCGCAUUCGCGCGAUUAGUCACAGCACUGGUCUAAACCGCUCGCAGAACCAAACAUUCGGCAAUGGAACAACAACAUCAAUUGAUGCUGCCGCGGAGAGCUUCAGGCUAGAUAAGCCUUUGUCGCUGUUCUCGCUACGGACGAUACAUCGCACAAGGCCGACUGCCGACGCAGCACUGGCGCCAAGUGCCGCCGUCCCAGGACAAUACAUAUCUAAUGCUGGUGACCAGUCUCCCCAGAUCGCAAGUGUUACUACGUCAACUUUCCGGUCGACUUCAGCACCAGACUCCGCCAAGACGAGCAGCCAAUACACUCAGCCUACUUUGCCCCCGUCAAUUCUUAAGACUAACCUGGCAGUACUUUCCUCGGACUUACUGGUGUCGGCUCUUGGUGUGAUGGCGCUUCAUGUGUUACCCUUUGUACUAUCAAUCCAUGUGCCUUCCCAAGGAGGAACAGGCCCCAUUAAAUCGGAACAAGGACAAAACGGAUCAGAUACAUACAACCAACAUCAACCAGCCAUAUUUACAGCAUGCCUGCUGGUUCUGGUUCUACUACAGGCUUCUGUUACGAGCAUGUUGUCUCAAUGGCGAUUGAACAAGACCGACGAAACAAAAACUACAUCUAGCCUAACGAAGCCUCUUCCCAUUGCCGUCGCUCGCGUCGCAGCAUGGCAACAAGUCACCCCAUGUGUGGACCUGCUGGAUUUGACCACACAACCUCUUUCCUUCGUUAGACGAAUCCCUAUUUCUGUUAUGAACGGUAUCGGAUCAAGAUAUUCCCAAUUACCAAGGACUUUCUCUAAAAUCUCAAGCGACUUUGGGAGAAGAGCGUUUGCCCAGAUACAAGGCAGAGCCAUAAGGGUCUCUGGUUUGCAACAUAUGACGAGCAUUGCAUGGUGAUGGUAGCAUUGAGUGAUGGAUAUACUGGAUAUGCGGCUUUGGUGGAUCAUGUGUACUACUGUUGUUAUUACGGCUAGCAUGUGAUUGCAUUGCAUUUUAAAAAAGAUGAUACCCUUGGAUAAAUAGAUAUUGGCGGGUUCGAAGUGAGCUUGCGGCUCGCAGUCGAGGAAAGAUGGUGGUUGAGGGUCGGUCCAGCUGAUGAUGUUUAGGAGGUGAUGUAUCUCGCGCCUACUUAGACCAAUACGACCCUUAGCUGCUUUUUAUUAAUGAUGUUACCGUGUAGUUGUGAAGCUAAAUGAUCAAUUCGGUUACUAAUGGAUUUAGGAAUUCUAGCUUCAAAUAACGUCUGAUGAGUGUACAGUGUGGUACGUCCUUCGUCUAAAACUCUUCAUCCUUUAAGAUUUAAUGCUUUAGACGAACAUUGAAAGUUUCUACAUGUAUAGUUGUUAGGUACUUUAGUACUUGCCUUUUAAAAAAGGGUACCUGUAAGUGCAUAUAAAGUACCUACGUGUAAACAAGUACCAUAGGUACCCAGGUAGGUGUAAAUCAUCAGCGUAGCAGUCUAACACGGACGCUCCCGCUAUCGCUAUUGAAACUUUAGGUACCAAUCGGGUGAGGACGAUGACAAAAUUCUAACCUUAUGGAAGUUGGGGAAGUGCCCUGAUAACAACAACCUUGGAAGCUUAGGUAGCACUAGCAUCAAUUAGGUAAUUGACUAGUCCGAGGGGGCGGCGAGAAA